AUAUUACCCCUUGGUGUGGUUUGCAAAUUGAUUUCUCUACCUGCCAACAGGUGGCAUUAUCGUAGACGUCAGGGGGACUUUUGAAUUCGAAACAUAAACAAAUCGGUGUACACAGUAACUACACAGAAUAUGGGAAGCAGAAGGCAUAACGUGGGAAUGCAUUGCCCCGUCAGUUUCAGUUUUGGUUUCUACAGUGCAAUACUUAUUAUUUUUGCAUUCAUUAGAGCAGAAGAACUUACCGAUCCUCAAAGUUUGAGAGAUCCUACGGUUGUCAUCGCAAUUCUAGUUCGAAAUAAAGCUCAUACAUUGCCUUACUUUCUGACACUCCUAGAGAGGUUAGAAUACCCUAAAGACAGGAUAUCACUGUGGAUAAGAAGUGACCACAAUGAAGAUUCGUCUCUGGAAAUACUAAAGAAGUGGCUGACAACUGUUGAAAAUGACUACCAUUCUAUAAGUGCUGAACUGUUGUCAUCACCACCCGACCGCUUGCCAGGGGAGAACAAUUCUGUUGCAUGGUCUAAACAAAGAUUUACUCAUGUUAUUCAACUGAGAGAAGAAGCACUAAUGGUAGCAAGAUAUGUGUGGGCAGAUUAUGUAUGGUUUCUGGACUGCGAUGUGUUUCUGACAAAUCCAAAUACACUCCAGCUGCUUGUGCAGGAAAACCUCACUGUAGCAGCCCCAAUGCUCAGAUCUGAUGGAAUGUAUUCAAACUUCUGGGCUGGUAUGACAGAGGAGUAUUAUUAUCAGCGAACAGAGGAUUACCAACCUAUAUUGUACCGGGAACGUACUGGCUGCUUUUCGGUCCCAAUGGUAAAUUCUGCAACACUGAUAAAUCUAAAGAGAACAGCUUCCACAAAAUUGACAUUCGUGCAGAAUAAAAUUCCUGCUUAUGAUGGACCAUAUGAUGACAUUAUUACCUUUGCCAUUGGAGCAAACAAAUCAGGAAUUCCACUUCAUAUUUGCAACACAGAACCAUUUGGGUACAUCAGUAUACCUCUUGGAGAUGAAGCAAAGCUUGAGGAUGAUUUUCUCCAGAUAACUAACGUAAAGGUGUCAGCAAUUGCUGACGGUGCUGACUUUCCAAUAAAUGACAUUUUUCUGGACUACAUUAUUUACCCAGAGCCAGAUGCAAUGGGCUUUGAUGAAGUGUAUAUGAUCAAUUUACAAAGACGCCCAGAAAGGAGGAAAAAAAUGCUGAAAUGUUUCCAGGAAUUAGGUAUUGCAGCAAGUAUCAUUGACGCUGUCGACGGAAAGUGA